UGACAUCACCGCUUCACGGCGGCACAUGCGCGGAGUAAAAUAGUCCCCGUGUUUAACGGGUCUUUUUGCUCCGUUUGCACGCGCAGCUUCCUCCACAGUGACAGAGCACGUGCUUCCUGCGUGUUCUGACUUCUGCACGUGUCGCUUUAGUUUUUAUUACGGAGCUCGCGCCUCACACUUGGCGCAAAAAGUGUGCGCGGAUGAAGACGAGAGAAAAAAAAAAAAGUAGGACCCGGGGUGUUAAAUGUCUGCAGAGCCGCCGGUGACGGUGAGUCAGUGCGAGGACACCGGCGGAGCGUCAGCACCGGAGCCAGGUCACUGUCCUCGGUUAUUGAAGAGUUCAGCCUGUGAGACACCUGCAGGUUCAGCAUCAGGAUGCCGCCGGUCUUGACCACGUCCAGCAUGAAUUAUGAUUAUGACUACGACACGAUCCAGCCCUACUUCCUCCUGGACGGCGAGGAGGAGGACUUCUACCUGCCUCCGUGCAGCCAACUCCUCCCGGGCCCCGGCGAGGACAUCUGGAAGAAGUUUGAGCUGCUGCCGACGCCUCCUCUGUCCCCCAGACGGAGUCCGUCCCUGCGCGAUGUCCCUCUGUCCGCCGCCGAACACCUGGAGGCGGUGUCCGACCUGCUGGAUGAGGACUGUGACGCCUCGGCGGCCUUCCUCCAGUCCUUCAUCAUCCAGGACUGCAUGUGGAGCAGCAGCUUCGCCGCCGCCACCAAGCUGGAGAAGGCGGUGUCCGAGAGGCUGGCCUCGCUCCGGGCACGGCGGGACUCCUCCACAGCCAGCAACACCAACACGAGCACGGACGGAGCAGCCGACCAGGCUCAGGUGAACACGGCGUACCUGCAGGACCUCCACACAGCAGCCGCAGACUGUAUCAACCCGUCGGUGGUGUUCCCAUGCAGCCCGGCGAGCGGCGAGGUGAGAGGUGAUGGAGCAGCGGUGGAGGUGGAGGUGGCAUCUGAACUGUGUCUGGACUCUCCACCUCUCAGCAGCAGCAGUGAAUCAGAAGAAGAAGAAGAAGAGGAGGAUGAGGAGGAGGAGGAGGAUGAGGUCGACGUGGUCACAGUGGACAGGCGGAAGUCGUCACGGCGAUCAGACACCAGCCGGCCUGACGCCUCGCCUCUGGUCCUGAAACGUUCCCACAUCAACAUCCAUCAGCACAACUACGCCGCCCAGCAGCCCCCAGCGACCCUCCAGCCUGCCGGAAAGCGGCUAAAGUCUGAGAGCGUCUGCCCGGUGCCAAGGCAGAGCGGCGGCGGCGGCCGCAGGUGCUGGAGUCCACCAUCGGACGGAGAGGACGAGGACAAACGGAGGACUCACAACGUGCUGGAGAGGCAGCGCAGGAACGAGCUGAAGAUGAGCUUCCUGGCUCUGAGGGACCAAGUCCCCGCCGUGGCCAACAACGACAAGGCGGCCAAGGUGGUGAUCCUGAAACAGGCGACGGCGUUCAUCGGCGAGAUCCGAGAGGACGAGAGGAGGCUGCUGACCACGAAGGACGAGCUGAGGAAGAGGAGCAGGGAGCUGAAGCACAGACUGGAGCAGCUGAGGACUUUAUGAUUCCUGUCAGACUUUAUUUAUUUGAACUUAAAAUGUGUUGAAGCUUCACGGAUCAUCUGGUUUUAUCAUAACGAGGCAUUUGUUUUUUAUAGUUUCAUAUUUUUAUAUUUUUCCUUCCUCGGCUGCACGAGAGGAAGCAAACCCUUCAAAAUAAAAGCCCUUCAUUCGUUGGAGGUCAAUGUUA